AUGACCUUGUUCGCUAUCUUUUCUGCCCUAUUGUUGGCAUUUGCCACCGCUGCACCCGUCCAACCCGUUGAGCUGCUUGCCUGGAGCCCCACCAUCCUCUGCCCCACUCGUUUCACAAUGUGGCCCCAAGGUUCCACGCAAACCGUGACCUGGGCGACUAACAACAUCCCUGAUGAGAAAAAGAAUUCUACUGGUCUCCUGCUAUUUGGAUUCAUGGCAAACGAUUCCGAGAACUUGGACAUUCAGCAUCCCCUCGCUGUGGAAUUCCCCAUCACCGAUGGUAUGGUCACGAUCACUGUUCCCGAGAACGCGACGGUUCGCAAUAAUGCUAUCGUUGUCUUGUUUGGUGACUCUGGAAAUGCUUCUCCACAGUUCGCCAUCGUCUAG